AUGUUCCACAAGUCGAUCAUUUCCACCGUCCUCGCCAUCGGUGCUCUUCAGCAAGUCACUCUUGCCGCUCCAACAGACACGACCCCGAACACCCUCCAGGCUCGUGCGUGGGACGGCGCAGUCGCGAUUCCGGAUGGCAAGGACGCCGCGAUUUCCUACACCUGCGAGAGCGGCGCGGUAGCGGAUUGGUCUGCCACGAAGGACACGAUCAACGAGGACUGCAUCACCAUACCCGGCGGCUCCGACAACUUCGAAAUGAACUACGACAUCGAAACCUACGCCGAUUUCUCCGUGUGGACCUACGUCAACGGCGAUUGCACCGAGCUCGACUACGGAUGGUGGAAGAACAUCUGGGGCAAGCGUGGUGUCAGCAGCACCUAUGCCAAAGGCGCGUGCAUAGGCAGCCCAGCCUUCGCGGUACAGGAGAAUAAGGAUACUGCCAAGUGGAAUUCUUUCAAGGUUUCGUUCUUGAAGAAGGAGGAUGUUGGAAGGUGA